GUAAAUAUUCGUGAAGACAUAGCAGAGAGUAUGAAUGAAUAUGUAUGUAGUGAAUGUAGGUCACAGAAAGAAGAAAGAGAUGAAGAAUUGUAUUGUAUAUGUAGACAGCCAUAUGAUGAAUCGCAAUUUUACAUCGGCUGUGAUAGAUGUCAAGACUGGUUCCAUGGAAGAUGUGUUGGUAUAUCACAGACAGAAGCUGAUAACAUUGAGAAGUAUCUCUGUCCAAAUUGUCAGUCUUCUAAAGUUCAGAAAAGCAAUACCAAAGAUCUGACCAACAGGGAUUAUGACCAGUUAAGACGAUUAUUACGACAAUUACAGAGUCAUAAGAUGGCAUGGCCAUUCUUAGAUCCUGUCAGUGAAAUAGAUGCACCUGACUAUUAUAGAGUAAUUAAGGAACCAAUGGAUUUAUCGACUUUGGACGACAAGAUGCGCAACAGGCAGUAUAGAAAGUUGGGUGAAUUCAUUGGUGAUGUGACAAAAAUCUUUGAUAAUUGUCGUUUUUAUAAUCCUUCUGAUUCUCCAUUUUUUCAGUGUGCUGAUGUUUUGGAGAAGUUUUUUGUACAAAAAAUUAAAAUGAUUCAACAGACUAUCAGUCUUUGAGAAUAGUCAUCAUUGUCUUGGUGAUAUUUAUUAUUAGGUUUGUAAUGAUCAAUAGUAAGAAAGUUUUAAUUUUUUUUUUCUUGAAUAUAAACUGAAUAACUUUCUAUUUUAUAUUGAAUUACAUCAUCGAUAUUGAAGAUGAUAUCCCUCAUACUGUAUAUUUAUUAAUAGAUUAUGAAUUAAUUUAAGCUCUGAGAGUGACACAGGGAAAUAACAGUGCCUAUUUAUAAAGUAAUAAAUGCUGUAUUGUCUAUGAGGCACCGAGGGCGCUGCUGCGGCAAAUGUUAGAUUAACAUCAGUAUUUUGGGGAAGUGUUAGAUUUUCACUCAUUGUACAUACAACCCUAGGAUUUCUGAGUAAUGUUUAAUUAAUGGAAACAAUAAUUAACGUUGCUCCACCUUUUGUAAAUGGCCCAAACUGUUAUAAUGAAUACAUUAACAGUUUGCAUCUGUCAUUGGCAAUGUGCAUUAAAGUAGAAUUGUCAUGCACUAAUGCUUGUAGACAUUCUGUGUAUUUUAUAUUUUUGUUUUUCUAUCAUAUUUAUUAUUACAUUCACAUUAUUUGGUUACUAUAGUUGGCUUCAAAUCAUGUAACUUUUUUUGUGAGUUUAAUAAAGAUGUCUUUCAAAAUACAGGAAA